CUUGUCGGGCGAGCCCGAGACGCGCCCCCAGCCCACCAUGGCCCGGCUGCUCCGGGCAUCCUGCCUUCUCUCCCUGCUCCUGGCCGGCUUCGUGCCGCCGAGCCGGGGACAGGAGAAGUCGAAGACGGACUGCCAUGCUGGCGUGAGUGGCACCAUCUAUGAGUAUGGAGCCCUUACCAUCGAUGGGGAAGAGUACAUCCCUUUUAAGCAGUAUGCAGGCAAAUACAUCCUCUUUGUCAACGUGGCCAGCUACUGAGGCUUGACAGGCCAGUACGUUGAACUGAAUGCACUACAGGAAGAGUUUGCACCAUUUGGUCUGGUCAUUCUGGGCUUCCCCAGCAACCAAUUCGGAAAACAGGAACCAGGAGAGAACUCGGAGAUCCCACUCACCCUCAAGUAUGUCCGGCCAGGUGGCGGCUUUGUCCCCAAUUUCCAACUCUUUGAGAAAGGGGAUGUGAACGGGGAGAAAGAGCAGAAGUUCUACACAUUCCUGAAGAAUGCCUGUCCCCCCACCUCGGAGCUCCUGGGCUCACCUGACCGCCUCUUCUGGGAACCCAUGAAGAUCCAUGACAUCCGCUGGAACUUUGAGAAGUUCCUGGUGGGGCCAGACGGCAAACCCAUCAUGCGCUGGUACCACCGGACCACGGUCAACACCGUCAAGAUGGACAUACUGGCCUACAUGAGGCGGGAGGCGGCCUUGGCGGCCAGGGGGAAGUAACUGAGGCCCGCCCCACCCCAUGUCCACCAUGCAAGGGCUGGGGAGGGACUCUUUCAGGAAGGAAUCCAUGUCUCUAAGCACACCACACUCCCACCAUAAACCCCUUACUAUUACACAAGGCCUCAGCCCGACACAAACAUGUGCAUACAACUGUGUCUGUUCUGCUGUGCGUGUGGCUGUUGGCACACACACCUACAGGUGUGUGCACAUGUGUCUACAGCCACAUGUCUACCUGUGUGAAUUCCCAGGAAUGUGUACCAUCUGUGUGCCCACAGCUGUGUACUGUGGAGAGCGCUAGAGAAUAACUCCCCUUUCUCUCCAGUUCUCUGUUCCAAUGAUAACAAUUCACUUUCAGCUGAGCCCAAAGGAAAAACCAGCUCUCGACUCAUUGUUCUGCUCUAAACUGGACCUCAGCCUUGGGACAUCUCCCACUGCCUCUAAAUACUACGAGUGAAGUGCCCAGAAGUGUCUGGGUCUAUCACACUGCCCAACCUCCCUCCUCUCCAUUGUGCAGCCUCUCUCCUUCCUGAAGGGCCCUCCUGAGCCCCAACCCCACCCCAUAGUGCUCCGAGAGCAGCCAAGGCAGAUGUGAGAGCAAGGGCUACAUUCCCCAUGUCAGGGGUGGCAUCUCCAUGAUGGAGGGGCCCGAAGCCCUGGUGGGCGGACCUCCCCAGAGCCUGUCUGAAGGGCCAGCCCUUAGUGCAUUCAGGCUGAAGCCCCCAGGCAGGGACGCCACCCCCGCUCCUUUGGGGGACAUGCCCUCUCCCCUCACCCUGGCCCAUGGCAUUAGACUCACCCCUGUCUGCCCAGUAAAGGCCUUUCUGCAGCA